AUGUUGUCAUUCGAACUCUCCAAUCAUGUCGAGGCUGGCCAAGAAGAAGCCAGAAGCCUUGUCGCAAACCUCAAAGCCGUUCAGCAGACUUUGAGAGAUGCAGGUACAGACAUCAACAUCCUCCGAGACCUCAAUGUCUGUGUCUCCAAAGCUCAGGAGCUGUUUGCCGAGUCGUUCCUCUUCAUUGAGAAGGAAGCAAAGAAUGCCAGAAAGAUGGCAGACUUCCUUACCAACAGAGCAAUUUCAGAGAUUGUAGAUGGAUUAGUCAAGCAGGCUCACAUGUACUCGCGCCACAACAAUCUCGCCGUCCUUGUUCUACGCUACUACUUCGACGGACCCUCUGGCGACGCCAAUCGCAAGAAGCUGGAAGACAAACUGAAGGUAGCCGUGGAUGCGGGAAGUCUGGGUGACUAUCCUUGGACCUGUGAGUUCGAGGAUGUGCUGGUGAAGUACAGAGUCAAGGUUGAGAAGCUUGCUGUGGAGUAUGUGGUCAAGGAUGCAAAAGAGAUGUUCGAGCGUGAGGCUCAGGUCUGCUUUGCCGUGGAAGAUGAUGGAGAGUUGGGAUCGUUACAAGACCAUGAUGAAGUCGGAAUUGAGAAGAUCAGUCUCAGAAGAUCAGUUUGA